AGCCUGUCCUAAAGCAACAAACACGUAUUGUUUAAUAUUAUUAUAUUACUGACAAAUAUUUGAAUUAAUUGGAGUAACGUUAAUCUGCUUUUAGCACUAAACGACGGUUUAUCUGGUGAGUUUUAGCUCAGAUAGUUACGGUUAAAGAAAGGCGGUUGAAACUAAACAAAGGAAAAUAAAACAUAACAACGCAAACAGCUGACACUCACCUUUUAAGUUAAACGUGUCGUAACCUCGUGUAGGGGUCAGGAGCGUUUGUACGCAUGCGCAGUGAGCCGCAAACCAACAUCAGUUGGCGCGAGCGCCAAGUAGUUUAAUUUUGGGCUCUGAACCGAGGAAGGUAAGCUACAAACAUCAGUGUACCUGUGCUCUCCAGCUCUGUAGCUUCACCUUUACACGUCCCAACCACUGCUACAUCUUCCGUGUGCUGACAGCAGCAGCCACAAUCAUGAGUAGACGAAGUGGUCGCCUGCAGAUAAGAUCUGAGAAUGCUCCAGGGCACAAAAGCAAAGUAACUAAGCAAAGCAACAGAUUUGUAAAGCCCCUGUCGAAGCUGCAGUGUGAGAAGAACCAUCUGGUACUUGAAAGUGUCGCCAAGCCUUGUAUUCUCAUCGCGGCUUCUGAGAAGGGAGUCAGGGUCGACUGUGAUGAAGUUCUCAUUUCAGGAGAUUCCUUGGUUCGGCCAUCACCUCUGCCUCAUCUUGGGUGGGGAUCUGCUGAAGACGUGUGGGUGAAGAUGGUCUGCAAGGAGCAGAAUUACAGACACAGCAAGAGCUUCAUACAGAAACACCCCAGAAUACAACCCAGAAUGAGAUCCAUCCUCCUCGACUGGUUAAUUGAGGUGAGUGAGGCCUAUACUCUUCAUCGGCAGACAUUCUACCUGGCACAGGACUACUUUGACCGGUUCAUGUUGACCCAGAACAACAUUGAAAAGGGCAUGCUGCAGCUCAUCGGGAUAACUUGUCUUUUUAUAGCAUCAAAGAUGGAGGAAGCCUGUCCUCCAAAGCUCUCACAGAUGGCCUAUGUGACUGCAGGGACCUACUAUGAAGAUGAGAUUCUUCAGAUGGAGCUAAUUAUUUUAAAGGCAUUGCGUUGGAACCUUUGUCCUGAAACAGCCGUGUCUUGGCUGAAGCUUUACUUCCAGAUGGCAUCGAUGAACACCAACUCUGACCUGCUGGAGUCGCAGUUUCCACAGGACGCUUAUGUACAAAUGACACGUCUUUUAGAUCUGUGUAUCCUCGACAUAAACUCUCUGGACUUCCAGUAUCGAGUGUUGGCGGCCUCGGUCCUCUCCCAUUUCAUUCAACCGGAAACAGUUGAAAAGGUUUCAGGUCUGUCAAAAGACACCACCCAGUUGUGUGUGAACUGGAUGGCCCCCUAUGUUGAAUCCAUGGGCUGGUUUGGCAUAGCAACACUGAAGGAUUUUGCCAAAAUAAAGACUGAAGACAGGCACAACAUCCAGACGCACACAGACUACAUGACCAUGCUGGAUUACGCCAGUAAAAAGGAGGUGAACAGCCAGUUCCUCACUCCUCCCAACAGCACAGGGAAAACCUGUAUACACUGAACUACAAGAAGAAGACACUGAAGUGAGUGUAGACAAAGAGGACACGGGUUUAAGGUCCUGCAAAGACCUGUUUACUGGAGACGGCUCGAGUCUGGAUGGGAGUUUCAGUUUGUCACUGAAUGCAUUACCCGGGCUAAUGGGCCUAUAUUUUAAAGACUCUUAGCCAAAGCUUUUUGUUCUUGAUUUUUAGCAACAAGGUGCUUUUAAUUCAGAAAAGAAAAAUGUUUUUUAAAAAAGUGUCAAUGUUUGCUGUAAGUGUCAUUUCUAGGAAAUUAUGUUCUAUUAAUGAAAGUGAUGUGCAAUUGUUUACAUCUGUAGCAUAUUUAAUAUGUACAGUCAGCAGAUAAAAUCUUUUAAAGACUGCUUCAGGAUCAGUUGAAUCGCUGGUUUUCAACAGCAUCUAUUCUUAAAAACAAUUUGAGUGGACUGCUGUUGGCUAAUCUCCAAAAGAAAAACUGGAAAUCCUCAUGUUCAGUACGAGUAUACACUUUUUCAUGAACCCUGAUGAAAGCCAUGCGUCAGAAUGGAAAGUGCACACUCUUCAGUUCAUGAGCCUCAGUUAUCUUUACAAUGCUGUUAUAACCAAGCUAUUGUUUAACUCAGGGUAAUGGAUAGUCAGUGAUUUUUUUUGUAGAGAAUUCAUUCAAAUUGAUUCCAAGUGUACAAAUGAGCAACUGUAUUUAUUUAGAAGAUUAUUUUCUACCACAAAAUAAAAUAUACAUUCCCAACCCCCCAAAAAAAA